AUGAUGCAAGAGAUUUCGGUCUCCAUGUCUUGUGAUGCUCAGUUGGUGGAAAAUAUGACCGAGGAGGAGAUUCUGGCCUGCCUGGUGGCUGAAACCGGACCCCAGUUCCCGGUCCCGACAAAGAAAGCCAAAUUGAGGGAAAUCCGUCUUCAAUUGAUGGACGAGGAGGAGGAAGACCCACUCAACAAAUGCCAGAUGGAGAACCGUCGUCUUCAGCAGGCCAGCCUCCGCCUGGAGCAGGAGAAUGACAAUUUGGCUCACAGGCUCAUCACCAGCAAAGUGGCCCUCAGGAGCGCCUUGGAUAAAGCAGAGGACAGUGUGGAAGUGCUGACCGGCGACCUGUUGGUGACUCGACGUCAACUGCAGGCCACCGAGGAGGAGAAGCGAGGGAAGGAGGAGGAAGCGGCCAUGUUGAAGGAAGUGUUGCGGCGUGAGCUGGAGCGGGCCGAGCAGGAAGUAAAGCGGUCAUCGGGCAUCAUCGCCGACUACAAACAGAUCUGUCAUCAGCUGACCACGCGUUUGGAGAAGCAACAAGACGUGCACUCGGAGGAGGUCCGCUCGCUCAAGAGUGUCUUAACAGCGUGCCCGCACUGUUGCCGUGGCGUGUCAGAAUCAGGGGAAGAAGAAGAAACGUCAGAUCACAAGUCCGACAACGCACCUUUGCCGCCACUUGAUCGCAGCAUAGCGGCGGUGCUGGAAUGGGAACAGCGGCACUCGGGGCCCACAGCAGCAGAACUGAGGCGUGAGAACCAGGAAAAAGCAUCCCUCAAGGCUCAGAUUAGGCAGCUGGAGAAGGAGCUGGCUCAGACUAAAUUGCAAGUAGUGGAGGCUAACUGCAAGAUCCAGGAGCUAGAGCACGAGAGGGGAAUCCUGGCAAACGACCUCCAGGACGCCAAGAACAACUGGAUCAGCAAAGCCUUCACUUCGCUGCGCACGUCCACCGACGGAGGCCCGUACGGAGGCCCCCUUUCCGGAUGGAAACUGUCGUGGCCUCACAAAGACAACCGAGAAAAUGUGUGA